AUGUCGGGAGUGGACGACACCGAUCUCAUCCAAUUUGCGGGCUCCUGCUCGCAGGCGCGAGACGCAGUGCAGUCCUAUCGCGACCGCGUGUAUGAUCUGUGUACGGCCCUCCAGAGGUACAUGACCAUCGAGCAAGCUCGUCAGCUGCGCCUUCGCAUGCGAGACAACAACGCUGUCAUCUCAGGCUCUUUUGCUCUCCGCUUCAUUGGCAGAUACGACUUCGAGGAGGGAGACUUAGACAUUUACGCCUUCGGAGGCGACAUAUUGCCGAUCGGUGACUUCCUUGCAUCGAUAGGAUACCUCUUCACACCGCGCGCGGUUCAAGAACCUCACUUCGACUCCGCCGUGUCUCGCGCGUGCGACGACAGCAUCACUCCUGAGGGGACGGUCGAUUCCACCGAGUCGUCUUCUGAUUACACCGAAGUCGAGACCUUCACGUUCAUGCGAGGAUCGGCGAAGAUUCAACUGAUGAUGUGUCGGUUGGGCGUGGCGGAAACCAUUCUCCAAUUCCAUAGCACUGUUGUCAUGAACAUGAUCACGCACGAUACAGCGUAUUCACUGUAUCCUCACGCCACAUUCGUCGACAAACGCACUCUGAAAACCUGCAAAGGAGACACGAGGGAAUGUGAGGCGGUCGCUCUGGCUAAGUACGAGCAGCGAGGUUGGGAAGUGGUCGACAAAAUGUCUCCCAUCGACGCCCUUUCGCACAACACGGAAUUCGGGAAAGGCUUUCGGUACGUGGGGGACGAAAUGACGCGCAUCAUCAAGUUGAACAAUCCGGUCUCGUAUCCGGGAUCGUCAGACAAGAUAAAGUAUAACUCGUGGACGCUAAAGUAUAGCGAAGCUAUGGAAACGUGGACAGGUGUAGACGAGGAAUGGAAUAUCGACGCCUUUUGUUUUGCGUACCCGCACAUGGCAGAUCGCUUCACGGAGUCCGCCUCGCGUUCCAAGAUGCCCAUCAACCUGUGGACGACGACACGCGCAUCUACGGAGCUUAUGGCCAUCUGCCUUGACGUCGCUUCCAGGGCGUCCACACGCAGCGCCUUGGGUUGUUGA